GUGGUCACAUUUGCUGUUUGUGGGAAGGAAAAACGGAAAUAUACUUCUUCUUGUUUUUUAGCAAUCCCAUCCAGUUCAAAUGCACAAAAUAAAGAUAGGAUUAAAAUUAAUUAUUUUCUGGGAACAAGUAAAACACAGAAUAUUAUUAAGCGAAAAGAAUUGGAAAUGGGUUACCUAUAUACAUUUGAGUCGAAAAUCCCUGGGUGAAAUAAGGAUUAAACCAGCAACAUUCGCUACAGGAGAAACGAUUUUUUUGAUUCGCUAAAAAACAAUAAUUGUCCUCAAUAUCGUUGUGUGAUCUUCAAAACCAUGAGUUCCAGAGAUAAUUUGAUUGACCCGUCAGCUCAACCAGUCUAUUAUUCAACUAAUCACGUUCAAAGCCUCGACGAAUCUCAACCAUUUCGUCCCCAAAGACUGAUGGAUAUCCCACCAUCUUCUCCAAGUUUUGAUCCCAAACAAGACGAACUACGCUUGUUCGAGCCCAGGAAAAGACUCGUAAAUAAGAAAGGACGACUUCAAGCUAUUGCCCAGAAAGUACCGAAGAAGGCUAAGCUUUAUUUAUCGGAUGUUUUCACUACUUCAAUAGACUUGAAGUGGCACUGGGUUAUUCUUCUGUUUUGCUUGUCUUAUAUAUUUUCAUGGUUUUUCUUCGGUACUUUGUGGUGGUUUAUCGUUCUUGGUAGAGGGAAAGACUUCCUGGUUUAUACAUCUAGUAUGUAACUAUGACAACAAUGUCAGUAUGUUAUCUGCUGAUACAGGUGGUUGCAAUGGAAUUACAUGAACAUAUUUUACUGUAGAAACUUACUUACGAAGUGUUUCAAGCAAAAACAAUGGCAACUUUAACAAAUUUUAAUUCGUUUUGUAAGAAAUAUUGGCAUAAGUUGGAAGAUAGUAUGUUAAUAAGUUCCUCUGGUCUUUCAUAUCUCCUCAAAUUUCACAAUGAAGAUACCUUUGAAAGGGGUCAGCUCCUUUAAGACUCAAAAAAAAAAAAAAAAUUUUUAUUUA